AUGGCUAUUUUCCAAGUCUUUUUGUGUAUCUGUGGUAUAGGGCUCGCCUAUGGCUCCGAGGCGGAUGUCAAAGCUUGGUUCUUGGAGAAAGCGAUGGAAUGUAGCCAAGAACAUGUUGUGACUAGUGAAGAAAUUAGGAUGAUGAAAGAACAUCAACUGCCAGAAAGUAAUACUGGGAAAUGUCUAUUAGCUUGCAUGUUUAGAAAAGCAGAAUGGUUAGACGACAAGGGAAUGUUUGACGAAGACAGCGCAUAUAAACUAUCGAUGAAGGAAUACCCUGAUGACAAAGAAAAACUCGAGAACGCGAAAAAGUUGUUCGCGUUGUGUAAGCAAGUAAACGAUGCAACUGUGAGCGACGGAUCAAAAGGUUGCGAACGCUCCUCCCUUCUUGCAACAUGUUUGAUGAAAAAUGCUGCACAGUUAACGAUACAUAUGUCAGAAUUCAUAGAGCAGGAAUACAACCAUGAUUCACUUGGAGGAAGGCGAAAUAGCCCUUACAUAUAA